UUAUCCAUUCUCCCUAGGUAUGACCUAUUCUAGGCCUUCGUGGAUCUUCCAUACCCUCCUUCCCUAUAUAUAUAUUACCAUUUCUUUCCCAUAGUUUAACACUGCUUUACACUGAUUAGCUUGAUAAUAUUUGAAUUUCACUCGUCAAUUGAAGUGUGUGACAAUGGCUAUGGCGAUGGCUAGCAAGAGAGCUGUUAAGUCUGCAGCACAGGCUUUUUCUCCACUCUCUUCCAUCAGAGCAUUGCAUGCUCCUGCAGGACCUAAUAAAAUUGUUGGGGUCUUCUACAAGGCCAAUGAAUAUGCUUCGCAGAAUCCCAACUUCCUUGGCUGCGUGGAAAAUUCUCUGGGUAUAAAAGAAUGGCUAGAAUCGAAUGGACAUCAGUACAUUGUAACUGAUGACAAGGAAGGCCCCAACUGUGAGCUUGAAAAGCACAUUCCUGACUUGCAUGUUCUGAUUACUACGCCUUUCCAUCCAGCCUAUGUGACCGCAGAGCGGAUCAAGAAGGCAAAGAACUUACAACUUCUUCUCACAGCUGGUAUAGGUUCUGACCAUAUUGAUCUCAAUGCUGCAGCAGAAGCUGGUUUGACUGUCGCAGAAGUUACAGGAAGUAAUGUGGUGUCAGUGGCAGAAGAUGAACUCAUGCGUAUUCUCAUAUUGGUACGCAAUUUCGUUCCUGGGUAUAAGCAGAUUGUUGAGGGCGACUGGAAUGUAGCUGCUGUUUCAUACAGGUCAUAUGAUCUCGAAGGGAAAACUAUAGGUACUGUUGGUGCUGGUCGAAUCGGCAAAGAAUUACUCAAAAGAUUGAAGCCCUUCAACUGUAAGCUUCUCUACCAUGACCGUCUUUCAAUUGGACCAGAGUUGGAAAAGGAAACAGGGGCAACUUGGGAGAAAAAUCUUGAUGAUAUGCUUCCUAAAUGUGAUGUAGUUGUCAUCAACAUGCCUCUUUCUGACAAGACUAGGGGAAUGUUUGACAAGGAAAAAAUUAGCAAAAUGAAGAAGGGCGUUCUGAUUGUGAACAAUGCACGAGGUGCAAUCAUGGAUGCUCAAGCAGUUGCUGAUGCUUCUGCAAGUGGACAUAUUGGAGGUUAUAGUGGAGAUGUUUGGUUUCCCCAACCAGCUCCCAAAGAUCAUCCAUGGCGCUCCAUGCCCAACCAUGCCAUGACUCCUCAUAUAUCUGGGACUACGAUAGAUGCUCAGAUAAGGUAUGCAGCAGGAACGAAGGAUAUGCUGGACAAAUACUUCAAGGGUGAAGAUUUUCCUUCACAAAACUAUAUGGUCAAGGAUGGAAAGCUAGCCAGCCAGUAUCUAUAAGGAUAUCUCGUUAAGUCAGAAUUAGCUAUAGUUUUUCACAUUUGGGACUGGUUAAUUCUGAACCACGAGCAAGAACUGGUACAAAAAUAUUGAUCAGCAAUUCAGUUUCAGCCUUAAUAAAACAAGGAUCUCAAGUUUUUGCAGUCAUACAUUGCAGAGACUAGUAGUGCCUAGAAUAAUGCACUAGGAAAUAAUUUGAAGGUGGUAUGAAGCUUUCAUCUAGUUGUCUAAUUCAGGAUAACCUGAAAUAAGAGCCAUGUGCUAACGAGACCCUACUUUUUGCUGCUGGUAAUGAGUUGAUUUGAUUUAUAUAUCAUACUGCUCUUGCAUUGCCAUUUAUUUCAUAGAAUGAGGAAUGCGGCUUUCUCACUGUAAGGUAUUUGUGUUUAUUUGCUAAGUGAGGAAUACAUUUCUUUGGCUUCAAGUAUUGAAUUUGUCAGGCUUACUUCUGUUCGUAUGAUUAAUAUAUCUGUCAAAUUCUCAA